CCAUCACCAACGUGUCGUGUCUUCCAAGCCCUGACUCCCCCGCCUAGGUUUCCUCCGCCGCCGGAGACCGACUCGACUCGAUGGCCACUGCUCCGGACUUCAACCGGGAGCCGUGCCCAGACCGCAUCUUAGAGGACCUCGGCACGAGCUUCGGGAUAGGCGCCGUGGGCGGCUCCGCCUACCACUUCGUCAGGGGCCUCUACAACUCCCCCAAUGGCCACCGCCUCGCCGGCGGCGCCACCGCCAUCCGCAUGAACGCGCCGCGCGUCGGCGGCAGCUUCGCCGUCUGGGGCGGCCUCUUCUCCGUCUUCGACUGCGGCAUGGUCUAUGCGCGCCAGAAGGAGGACCCCUGGAACUCCAUCGCGGCCGCCGCCGCCGCGGGGGGCGUGCUCUCCCUGCGCCAGGGCCUCCUCGCCACCGGGAGAGCCGCGGCCGCCGGCGCUGCGUUCCUCGCGCUCAUCGAGGGCGCCGGGAUCAUGAUCAACCGCGUCGUUGCCGCCGCACCGCCGCCCCCGGAGGUCAUGGACAUGCCACAGGACCCUGGACAGCACGCGCCCGCUGGUGGCUUUCCGCCGGCGCCACCGAUCGGGGUUCAGGAGCUCCCGGUCCCUGCAGAGUCUGGCCCUACUGGGUGGUUUUCCGGUUUGUUCGGGCGGAAGCAGGACUCCAAUGUUGCUGCCAAGUCGGGGGUGUUGGAGAUAGAUUUGCCCAGCACGGCCGUUCCCUCCUUCGAUUACAAGUGAAAAAGGGUCAGAUCAUCUUGCCACUGAUGAAUGAGAGCGGCAUCAGAAGCUUCAAAUGACGAUAGUAGAUAGUAUCACAAAAUUAAACAUACGCUUGAGUUCCAAGAUUCGAUUUUGUUUGAUCAAAUUCGCUAGAAUCAAAUAAAAUGUUGGCCGCAGGCAUCUAAGUUGAAUAUAACUUGAUGAGCCUUUUACUUAUAUUAUUAUAGUAGUGGUAAGCUGUCUCGAGAGCAAAUUAAAGCAGCUUGAGAUGUGUUUAUUCCUUGUGUGCAGCAGCAGUGGUCCAAUAUAAUUUUGAAGUGGGAAAUUCAAUUGAGAUUCAGGGGCU